AAGAUGCAUUGAGAGAUGUGGUAAACAGCACCGGGGCCUUGAAGAACUGCCUAAUGAACACACCCCUGAUCAUUGGUGUUGUGAGCGGAGAUAACGGUGUGAAAUUCAGUGGCUUUGAUGCGACGAGUUCCUGCGUGGAGUUCGUCGUCUCGCACUCUGGAUCCUGCUCAUAUUUUCAAUUUGGUCACGUCAACCCCCUCCCAUACACAUGAGUGCCGUUUUCUCCUCGCGCUGGGCCGAGCGCCAUGCCUGACCGGGACACUUCCUACCUGUCAGGUGGUGGUGGGAGUGCUGGUAUUCUGGGUGAGGAAGGGGGACCUGUGUCUGGUUUAGCAGGGGGCUCGGCGGAGGGCAGAGGAGGUUCAGGAGGAAGUGUUGGAGGCAACGUCUCUGGCUCUGCGAGCAUGGGGGGAGGAGGGGCACUUGGAAAUGGCAACAGCUGUGGGAACGGUGGAGGUGGAAGCCAAGGUGCAGGACUGGCGCUGGACGGUGUCUGCAGGGACUUCAUACGCAAUGUCUGCAAGAGAGGAAAGCGCUGCCGCUUUAGACACCCAGACUUUAAUGAGGUGCCAGACCUCGGGGUGCAGAAGAACGAAUUCAUCUUCUGUCACGACCACCAGAAUAAGGAGUGUAUGCGCGCCAACUGCCGCUUUGUCCACGGCUCUAAAGAGGACGAGGACUAUUACAAGAAAACAGGAGAGCUACCCCUCAGACUAAGAGGGAAAGUUGCAGCACGACUGGGCCUCUCCCCCAUGGAUCUCCCCCAUAGCCGUGGGGAGGUCCCUAUCUGCAGAGACUUCCUGAAGGGAGAGUGCCAGAGGGGGAAUAAAUGUAAAUUUCGCCACGUCAAAAAAGACUAUGAAUAUGAGCCUUCCAGGGUUGGAGUGGGUGGUGUUGUGGGGCCUGGCGCCAGUGGAAUGGUGAAUCCUGGGGGAGGCAUAGGUGGUGGAGGAGGAGGUGCCUGUGGAGGAAUGCAGGGACUUGUGGGAGGUGGAGGUGUAAGUAAUAUGAUGGGGAUGGGUUGCCCUAGCCUGGGUGGGUGCAGAGAUCCAGGUAUCUCAGGAGUUGGGGGAGUAGGUGGAGGUGGGAUAAGCGGUUGUCUGUCCAUAAGUUCUGCAGGUCAACGGCGUUAUGACAGGAGCGCAUGCUCAGUGUAUGACCCUCUGCUUGAAAGUGGGCUGUUUGAUCCUGGCUCCCUAGAGGCCUCUAUGGACCACACUGCUCUACAGUUGAAGAGGCGGCGGUUGGAGGGGCUGCGCCUGACAGAUGGGAGUGGAGUUGGGCACUAUGAGCUGGGAGUUCAAGCGACCUUGCCACCUCGUCCUCUGGAGUAUAGGUUCCUGGAGGAAGAAAACUCCCUGCUGAGGAAGAGAGUGGAAGAGUUGAAGAAGCAGGUUUCAAAUCUCAUUGCCACAAAUGAGGUCCUUCUGGAGCAGAACGCCCAGUUCCGAAGCCAGGCCAAAGUCAUGACGCUGUCCUCCACUCCUGCACCCACUGAGCAGAGUCUGGCACCCCCUGUGGGUGCAGUAAGUUCCUACAAUCAUGGCAUUGCCCAGACUCACACUACCCUGAGCAGCGCUGGACUGCAGCCUCGGCCUGUCACGCAGCAAGACCUGGUAGCUUCUACCGGCGCCCCCGCGGCGCCCCCGUCUAAUGCUGCCCCACCUUCAGCCCCUCCACCCCACCUCAACCCUGAGAUCACCCCCCUUUCAGCUGCCCUUGCACAGACCAUUGCUCAAGGGAUGGCACCACCUGUUUCUAUGGCACCCGUGGCUGUAUCUGUGGCCCCGGUGGCAGUGUCCAUGACGCAGCCUCUGCCUGGCAUUACCAUGAGUCACGCCACCACCCCAAUGGUGUCGUACCCCAUUGCAAGUCAGAGCAUGAGGAUCACCACUCUGCCUCACUAACUGAUUAAGUGCAAGACUGUAGUACACACAAGUCAGACUGUAGCAUCCUUAACAUGGAUUUUUAAUUUUUAUUGUCUUAUUUUAUGUUUAUGAGACUCAACUGACGGCAGAUCAGUGACUGCCUGUACCGCUAACAGUGAGGUGUAGGCACUUGUCCACCAGAGGGCAGGAUAGAGACAUUUUCAGUCUCCUUCACUCUGUGUUCUGUGGCAACAUCACAAAUACAUUUCCCACAGACUGACUGAUCUGUGAACAGCCUUUGUACCAAAGGGAUCUUCUCAAAAAUGGCAACAAACUGCAAAUAUGUGAGGUCAUCCACAGUGUUGAAUUCAUUUCUUCAAGACUGUUGUGCCGUCCUUGUGGGGAUAAUGGUGACUGGAAGCUUGUGUUUAUAUUUUGUGGGUUGCUCUGGUGUAAAUUAACUUUGGUACUUUGCACAUUUAAAAAAAAUAAUAACAAACCCUCAACAAUGAA